AUGGAUCAAUCAGAGUAUGAAGCUAAGGAAAUGCUGAAACCAUAUUUAACUUAAUUGGCUUAAUUAGAGGAAGCAGAUAGAUUGAAGUAAGCACAGAUAACUGCAUUACGUUUGGCAAUUGAAUAAUUGAAAUAAUAAGCAUUAGAUCAUCAAAAGAAGUAUGAAGAAUAGUCAAAGAAAGAUGGUAUUAGAAUGAGUAAUUAUGAAUAUAGCAAAAAAGAAGGGACCUGUAAAGAAAUGA